CCGGCAGCUCCUCCCCGGCCACGGCAUUCAUUUUCGCGUCCUUCUGCUAUAUGCUGGCGCUGCUGCUUACCGCUGCGCUCAUCUUCUUCGCCAUCUGGCACAUCAUAGCGUUUGAUGAGCUGAAGACUGAUUACAAGAACCCUAUAGACCAGUGUAAUACCCUGAAUCCUCUUGUACUUCCAGAAUAUCUCAUCCAUGCUUUCUUCUGUGUCAUGUUUCUUUGUGCAGCAGAGUGGCUUACACUGGGUCUCAAUAUGCCCCUUUUGGCAUACCAUAUUUGGAGGUAUAUGACUAGACCGGUGAUGAGUGGCCCUGGACUCUAUAACCCAACGACCAUCAUGAAUGCAGACAUUCUAGCCUACUGUCAGAAGGAGGGAUGGUGUAAACUAGCUUUUUACCUUCUAGCCUUUUUUUUACUACCUAUACGGCAUGAUCUGUGUUUUGGUGAGCUCAUAGAACAACGCAGAAGAAUCGGUCCAGUUAAGUGCAUGCAAACCGCCAGUAAUGAAGGGAUUAUAUCCAGCAAGGUCCUGUUUCCAAGAGUAGCCUAUGGAAUCUGAUCAGUUACUUUAAGAAAAAAAUGACUCCUUAUUUUUUAA